AAAAUAGUUAAGUGCAGUGAAAAGUACUAACCAAAAAUGGGAAAGGAAAAGAUCCACAUUAACAUUGUCGUGAUCGGACACGUCGACUCCGGCAAGUCCACCACCACCGGCCACUUGAUCUACAAAUGCGGUGGUAUCGACAAACGUACCAUCGAGAAGUUCGAGAAGGAGGCCCAGGAGAUGGGUAAGGGCUCCUUCAAGUACGCGUGGGUGUUGGACAAGCUCAAGGCUGAGCGUGAGCGUGGUAUCACCAUCGAUAUCGCCCUGUGGAAGUUCGAGACCGCCAAGUACUACGUGACCAUCAUCGAUGCUCCCGGACACAGGGAUUUCAUCAAGAACAUGAUCACUGGUACCUCACAGGCCGAUUGCGCCGUGCUCAUCGUCGCCGCCGGUACUGGUGAGUUCGAGGCUGGUAUCUCCAAGAACGGCCAGACCCGCGAGCACGCCCUGCUCGCCUUCACCCUCGGUGUCAAGCAGCUGAUCGUGGGCGUCAACAAGAUGGACUCCACUGAGCCCCCAUACAGUGAGUCCCGUUUCGAGGAAAUCAAGAAGGAAGUUUCCUCUUACAUCAAGAAGAUCGGUUACAACCCAGCUGCCGUCGCUUUCGUACCCAUUUCUGGCUGGCACGGAGACAACAUGCUGGAGGCAUCCACCAAGAUGCCCUGGUUCAAGGGAUGGCAGGUUGAGCGCAAGGAAGGCAAGGCUGAAGGCAAGUGCCUCAUCGAGGCUCUUGACGCCAUCCUGCCCCCUGCCCGCCCCACAGACAAGGCCCUGCGUCUGCCCCUGCAGGACGUCUACAAAAUCGGCGGUAUUGGAACGGUGCCCGUAGGCCGUGUCGAGACUGGUAUUCUCAAGCCUGGCACCAUCGUCGUGUUCGCGCCCGCCAACAUCACCACUGAAGUUAAGUCUGUGGAGAUGCACCACGAAGCCCUCCAGGAGGCCGUACCCGGCGACAACGUCGGUUUCAACGUAAAGAACGUGUCCGUUAAGGAGCUGCGUCGUGGUUACGUCGCUGGCGACUCCAAGAACAACCCCCCCAAGGGCGCCGCAGACUUCACCGCACAGGUCAUCGUGCUCAACCACCCCGGACAGAUUUCAAACGGCUACACGCCUGUGCUCGAUUGCCACACAGCCCACAUUGCCUGCAAAUUCGCAGAAAUCAAAGAAAAGGUUGACCGUCGUACCGGUAAAUCCACUGAAGAUAACCCCAAAUCUAUCAAAUCAGGAGACGCUGCCAUCGUCAACCUGGUCCCCUCCAAGCCUCUGUGUGAGUCCUUCCAGGAGUUCCCUCCUCUCGGUCGUUUCGCCGUGCGUGACAUGAGGCAGACGGUCGCUGUGGGUGUCAUCAAGGCUGUCAACUUCAAGGAAGCCGGUGGUGGCAAGGUCACCAAAGCUGCCGAGAAGGCCACCAAGGGCAAGAAGUAGCUAGGCCUUUUAACAGCACAAUUUUUCAUCCAACUGCGAUACUUCAUUCACCGAAAGGUGUUCAGAAGGAAAGAAGGGCUACAAACUCAUUCCUUUUCUAUAUUUUUUACAAGGCUUAUACUGUAACAUUAUUUUAUAAUUUAUAUAAGGUGGUUAUACAUAUAAUAUCUGAAAUAUUUUGUUAUGACUGCAACUGAAAGUGUAAAUUCAUAGAAAUAAAGGUAGCCUCCAGUACAGAAUUGUAUCAUUUCUUUAAGACCUUGAAAUAGAUGCAGUAAAUAAUUUAUUUUUGUUUUAAGUAAAUGGUACACAAAUAAAUUUAAAUUUCCAGA